AGCCUCUCAUUUCCCAUACUCACGCCUCACACAAAAAGACAUCAGACCCAAAUUAUUCUAACUUUACAUAAUUCUCACCCCAAAGACAAUGGCUUCCUCUUCAUCCUUGUCUUUGCAUAAUGCUUCAUCAAUAUUCAUAGUGGCAAUUCUCAAUUUUUGCAUGUUAUAUUGUGCUCUUGGCUAUGAUGGACAAACAGUUGCAGACUCUCCUUUGUUAACAGAAAAGUUAGGAAUUAAUCGUACUAUCAAAGUAGAUAUCAAUGGCAAUGGGGAGUUCAAUUCUGUCCAAGCUGCCAUAGAUUCCAUUCCUGAAGAUAAUUCUAAUUGGGUCAUUGUACAUGUUAGAAAAGGACUAUAUAGAGAAAAGGUGCAUAUACCAGAGAAUAAGCCUUAUAUUUUCAUGAGAGGGAAUGGGAGAGGAAAAACUGCCAUAGUUUGGUCUCAGAGCUCUUCUGACAACGUGGCAUCUGCAACCUUCAAAGUUGAAGCACAUGACUUCAUUGCCUUUGGAAUUAGCUUCAAGAAUGAAGCACCUACAGGGGUUGCUUAUACAUCGCAAAACCAAUCGGUGGCAGCAUUUGUGGCAGCAGACAAAAUAGCAUUUUAUCAUUGUGCAUUUUACAGUACUCAUAACACUCUUUUUGAUUACAAAGGUAGACAUUACUAUGAUAACUGCUACAUCCAAGGCUCAAUUGAUUUCAUAUUUGGUCGUGGUAGAACCAUCUUCCAUGAUUGUGAAAUGUUUGUGGUUGGUGACAAAAGGGUAACAAUUCAUGGUUCAAUCACGGCUCAAAACAGGGAAAGUGAAGGUGAAAUGAGUGGUUUUAUCUUCCACAAAUGCAAGGUUUAUGGCAUUGGUGGGGUGUACCUAGGAAGGGCCAAGGGUCCUUAUUCUAGGGUCAUUUUUGCUAAGUCCUAUCUCUCCGUGACCAUUGUCCCAGAGGGGUGGACUAAUUGGAGCUAUGACGGUAGUACAGAAAAUCUAUACCAUGCGGAGUACAAAUGCCAUGGACCUGGAGCUUUUACAGCACAUCGUGCUCCUUGGUCGAGGCAACUAACUGAAGAAGAAGUUGUUCCCUUUAUAUCUAUUGAUUACAUUGAUGGUAAGAAUUGGUUGCCAGUAUGGGUUGAUUAAUCAUCUUGUGCAAAAGCUUUUAGAUGCAAAUUCAUCGAGAAUGUAAUUGUGUUGGACAAAAAAUCAUCGGAUUAGCAAUGGUUACAAUAUUGCAAACAUAAUUAGUCUUUGUCUAAUGGACUAGAGGAUACACAUGGUAGGAAAAAAAAUGAAAGACUCUUACAUAUUAUAUAGUUGGAAUUUGAUUGCUUAGUAAACUAAAUUAUGUAGCCACUUUGUCAUGACAUUGUUGGUACUUUAUAGUGCUUCAAAUUUAUACUUAGCUAGUUAGCAUUUUAGAUAGAAUCUAAAUUAUCAAAA